AUGGGCAUAUUCGGACGAAAUGGUAAACCUGAACACCAUUCAUCGACUUCAUCCCUUACAUCACUAUCACGACUAAAAUUUAGUACUCUAGCUCGUAUAACAAGUCAACGAAAUGUUGGAAGUGGCCCAAUUGGUUCGCCAGAAUGUGAUUACACACCAAGAUUUUUCUUUAAACUUGUUCGAGAAGGUGACACCUUGAUUGUUGCCUCAUCUUCUGAAGUCGAUCGUCAUAAUUGGAUGCAAGCACUUUAUCGAGCUACUGGUCAGACACACAAACCCACACCACCAGGAGCAUCGAGUAGUACAGUAAUCAAAACUGAUCAAGCUAAUUUAUCCAAUGGCCGAUUUCAUCAGGAAUUAGCGAAUCGUUUUACACCUCUAGUUGACCGUUAUAUUGGAUUGAUGGCGGAUUCGAUAGAACAAGCUUUGAUAGAGGGAUGUAAAAAUGAACGGUGGAUUCCGGGAUCCAAAUUGAACAGGAAUGAAGGUAGUUUUAAUAUGGCAGGGAGUCAAACUUGUCAAACUGUGAUGGACUUGUUGUGGAGAUUGUAUAAACUGAAGAAGUUCGUUCAAGAACUAAAUUGGCCUCAACCUGGCAUGGCAGAAGCACUUGAUGAAAGAGUACGAGUUCUUUGCGCACAAAUGCUUCGUGAGGCUGUUAAGCGAUAUCCAAAUGCUUACCUAAAGUUAUAUUGUGGUGGUAAGAAGCAACAUCCUGUCCUAUUUCCUAACUGGUUGAUAACCACUACAGUUGGAGGAUAA